AUGCCAUGGUGCAUCAUGCAUGGACUAUUGACUGCCAUGACACAAGCAUUCGCGUCGCGAGGUUUCAGACAGCAGUGGGGGCAUCUCAGAACUUGCGGACCCGACAGCACACCGGACAUUUCCAUCGUGUGCACUGUGCUGCGCCUGGCCGUCUGCUGCUGGCCGUAUUGCUCCGUCGCCCUCCCACUGGACGACGCGCUUUCGUACAGUAAUCGCGUGUCAGUGGUAGAGGCAGAGGCGACUACUAGUCGACCCACCGACGAUGGUGGUAGGAGGUAUGAGGGGGACCAUGUUCCAUACUCUCCGUGGAUCGUCAUACGAGCCUGGUAUGAGAGCGCUUUAGGGGUAUCAUGUCCCAGCACACCGCUGGUCAGACCCGCCACUGGCCUGAACACAGACGAAGCGAAAUACUUCAAGUCUCGACAGCCCAAGGCGGCUGCUGCGCUUGCCGCAUACUUGGCCAAGCAGCAUAGCGGCUUCUCGACCGCAUCUCAGCCCUCGGUCGCCUUUACUUCUUCGGGAGGCGGAGACCGUGCUCUGCUUGCGACAGCCGGUGUGGUGCAAGCACUCGAUGGUCGUGAUGGGAGCUUUAGCACCAGUGGAAUUUUUCAGGGAUUGACAUACGAAGGAGGACUAUCGGGUGGAGCUUGGUUCCUCAGCAGCCUCAGCGGGAACAACUGGCCUACGAUCAGCAACCUGCGGGAUGGUCUCUGGGAGUCUGCUUUUGCCGCCAGUCUUCUUCUCCCUGCGAACAUCAUGAACCUGGACAUGUAUCCCGAGCUCGUCGCAGAUGUUGUUGCCAAGGAUGCCGCUGGAUUUGACGCCACGAUUGUGGACCCUUGGGGAAGGUUGCUGUCAUAUCAAUUGCUGUACGGCGCCAAUGGUGGUCAGGAGACUCGUCUGUCCUCCUUGACCUCCUACAGCAACUUUACCAGCUUCAACGUGCCGUAUCCCAUCAUGACAGCCCUUGGUGUCGACAAAUCCUCCCAGGGCCAGUGCGCGCCAACUCUAUCUGCGACCCAGUAUGAAUUCUCACCGUAUGAAUACGGCAGCUGGGACCAGGGAGUCUCGGCCUUCGCGUCGACGAAAUACAUGGGCUCCGAUCUGACCAACGGGGUGCCUACGCGGUCGGGAAGAUGCACGCAGCACUACGACAACCUGGGAUACGUCUUGGGAACCAGUAGUGAUAUCUUUACGUUUGCCUGCGCGCCAUUGAUGCCUUCCAACAGCAGCAAUGCUUACCUGGCCAACUUCCUGCAAGGCGUCUUGAGCGGCGGCAACAAGAGGCCGGAAUUCCAGGACUUGUUCGGCGUGUACCCCAACCCCUUCUACCACUACUCUCGCAGCACGACGGUACAAAACGAAAAGCUCAUCACCAUGGCAGACGGUGGCCUCGCCUCACAGAAUGUCCCCAUCUGGCCCUUCAUCCAGCCCGCUCGUACCAUUGAUGUACUCAUUGCCAACGACAACAGCGCCGACACCGUCGAUAACUUCCCCAACGGCACCCAAAUCCGACAGACGUACCUCAACGCCCAAGCCGCCGGCUUGACCAAGAUGCCCUACAUUCCCGACGUGCCCGAGUUCAUUUCCAAGGGCCUCGCGAAGCGCGCCACCUUCUUCGGAUGCAACGAGCCCGAUACUACCUUCAUCAUCUAUUUGCCCAACGUCGCCUACACUUUCCCAUCCAACCAGACCACAAACAAGAUCCAGUACUCGGUGAGCGAGACUAACGGCAUGAUCAACAACGGUAAUCUCGUCGCGACACAGAAUGGAGAUGCCGGUUGGGGAUUGUGUUUUGCGUGUGGUAUCAAAGCUCGGGAGACAAACUUGCCCAAGGAGUGCGCUGCCUGCUUUACGAAGUAUUGCUAUACUCGCUAGAAUGAGUGAGGGGGGGCGCAUGCAUGGUUUGACCACUUGUGGAUGCUCGCUAGUGGCUGGCUACUUCUGCUGCUACUGUUACUGCUACUGCAGUUGGUGUUUGUCGUUUGUUUUUGUUGGGAUCGUGGCGGAGUCCUUUUUUCCUUUUUUUGUGCAAAAAUUGAUAACGACAGAAAAAUUGGCAGCUGGAAACACAGGGCGUUCAUUGUUGAAUACGAAAAUAUUGGUGAACACGAAACCAUCGUCAGAUUACGAAUAUAGAGAUAUACAGAUAGAUGAAUGGAUAGAAAAGAUAGGAUGAAUCAAGCCAUUUGUC